UAGGCCUUUAGGACUUAGGUGUGUGACCUUUUGAAGGACAUAUCAAAUGUUGCGUUCCUUUUCAUCUUCACUUCACAGACUCUCUCUUUUCAUGGCAUCCGAAAAACCUCAACGUCUUCAUCAAAUUACAGGAACCAACUUCCAGAACACAACAAAGAGGCCGAAAACAAUGGCCACUGCUACUGCUACUGCUACUACUGCCACAGAUUCCGCCAUGAAAGAACCUUUUACCAAAUAUACUGAAUAUCUCAAUAACCUUAAUGAUAAACGAGAAAGAGUGGUCAAAGCAAGUCGUGAUAUAACAAUGAAUAGCAAAAAGGUCAUAUUUCAAGUGCACAGGAUGAGUAAAUACAAUAAAGUGGAAGUACUUGAGAAAGCAGAAAAGGAUUUAGCAGCUGUGACAAAUCAGUACGUGUCUCGGCUAGUCAAAGAAUUGCAGGGAACUGAUUUUUGGAAGCUAAGACGAGCCUACUCACCUGGGAUACAGGAGUAUGUCGAAGCAGCUACAUUCUGCAGUUUCUGUAAAAGUGGAACUCUUUUGAAGCUCGAUGAGAUAAAUAACACAUUGUUACCACUUAGUGAUCCUUCUCUUCAGCCUCUGCAGAUAAACAUCCUUGACUAUCUAUUAGGGCUUGCAGAUUUAACCGGAGAGCUGAUGCGUUUGGCUAUUGGUAGGAUAUCAGACGGUGAACUUGAAUUUGCUGAGAAAAUAUGCAGCUUUGCGCGUGAUAUAUAUAGGGAGCUUACACUCGUCGUGCCACAUAUGGAUGACAGUUCUGAUAUGAAAACAAAGAUGGAUGUCAUGCUCCAAAGUGUCAUGAAAAUAGAGAAUGCUUGCUUUAGUGUUCAUGUGAGGGGGUCAGAGUAUAUUCCACUUUUGGGAUCAAACGAUCCAAGUUCAUUCUUAGUAGGUGUUCCAGAUAUUGAACUAUAAGGUUAUCUAUUGGAAACAAAAUGAAAUCUAAGUAGAUGAGUGAUAUUUACAAUGGUUCUUAGCGAAAAUGACAUGUAUGGUUGUUAUUUUGUUUUAAACUCUGAGCAUUUCACUUAAUGUUGUUGAGCUUUGUCUAAGUCUUCUUUGAGAUUCAAGAAACUUUGACAUAAAAAUCGAAUUAUGCUACAAUAUGAAUAUUUUGUUUUUUUAUUCA